AUGGGAAAACUUGUGUGGAGUCAAUGGGCAAACCUCAUUGCCAUGGUUGCUGGUUUCUUUGAAGUCGUCGGCGGGGUAUUCGGUUUAUUUUACAGGCUUUCCAUGUGGGAAAAAGUGACGAGCAUAUUCAAUGCCUUUGUUAUUCCAGUUAACGUCAUUGCGAUAGUUUGCAUAGUUUUUGGACUGGCAAUCUUGGCCAUCGAAACACCGCUAUCAAUUUUCGAAGAUACCUUCUUUACGAGAACAUACACUCCUCGCAUAGUACUUUAUCUCAUCUUUGCAGCAAUCUCGUUUAUCGACUAUCAAAACGUCAAUCCGGCAUUAUACAUGUGCAUUUCAUGUCUUAUGUAUAUGAUGGCCUUGGCUAAAGGAGAGAACAAAGUAAAGUCACAGGAUACUCGUGGGUUAAAGGUCUAA